AUGAUUGAAGGCUUGAGCCGCCAUGGGAGCAGCCGCAGAGAGGACGCGGCUCGGAGCUCUGCAGCUUCCGGCAUGAACCUGGCCAUGGCCCUGGCGGCGGAGCGAAAUUUGCGGGGCGAUGAAGGGGGCCCCGCCGGCGCCGGCGAUGUGAAAUCGUUGAUGAGAUUGUUCGAAGAAAUGGACGGUGUGGAUUGGAAGACAAAAAGAAAGGAGGGGGAGAAUAACGGUGUGGAUUGGAUGUGCUGCGUGUGCAUGGAGAGGAGUAAAGGCGCGGCUUUUAUUCCCUGUGGACACGCCUUCUGUAGGGUAUGUUCUAGGGAAUUAUGGCUCAACAGAGGCACGUGUCCUAUUUGCAACCGUUCGAUCAUUGAGAUUCUUGAUAUUUUUUAA